AUGGACGAAUACGGGGUAACUGGGACAGAGCAAGUGAGCGGUCGGGGUAAUGCUUUCGAGAGAAAGCCCUGGACUGCCGAUCCUGACUGCUUGGACGUUGAUCUUGACUUCGACACUGACAUUGAGCAAGCCCUCAAAUUACGUGCGAACGAUGAGCCAUGGGACAAGACCGAAUUAAGACGAAUCAAAGCUGUUCAUAGAUACAGCAGGACACUUGAUGUUGAUGAUGUUUUCUUAAACGACAUGGAGGCGAGAAAGCUGCAAGUGACCCAGAAUGACAGAAAUACUUGCUUUGAAUUAUUCUUUAUACCUAGAUAUAACCCCCCAGAACAAAAGUCGCCCACAAGACAAUCAAUCCGACUUCCCAUCAGCCCUCCUGCACUUCGUCACCUAUCGUCUACCUAUCUAAUCCCUUCAGCAUUCGUUGAGGCCGCCCUACGGCGGUUCAAAGUCAAGGUUUGCGCCACAGUCUUUCGCCGGCGAUCUCGCCACGCGUGGGAGUACUGGUGUCUGAUUCCUGUCCGGAUGAACACCCACUGUCCUGCCAGUGCGAGUGAACAUGAGACGCCGACUGCCGGAAGCAACCAAAUGAACCCAUCUAACCAUAUUCAUCUCGAUGGUGGGAAACAACUCCAAGAAGAGAUCUCGAAGCAAACACAAGGGUUCAUCGACACUAGCAAAGAUCUCAACGUUGCGUUACAUACUAUGGCCGCACAUCUCCUUCGUUACAAGACCGAGCUAAAUAGGAUAGGUCUGAUUCUUUCAGACCUUCGCAAUCACCGUCGGGAUAUGACAUAUGUCCCAGCACGGAACGAAGAUGAGCUAGCAUGCUUAGAGUCUUGGCCGGCUGUGGAUCAUGAAGCGCAGAGAAUUGAGCGGCUCGCUUCUAAUCUUACAGCUACCUCUAAUUUCUGCGAUGAAUUGGAGAAGAAAGUUCAAAACAUUCUAGCUCUACUAUUCAAUCAGAUCCAAGCCGUGAACGAUCGAACACUACAAAGUAUCCUGAAUGCUUCACAUCAAGAGAACAGAGUGACUCAUGAACUUUCAAUCGCCUCUCACAUGCUAUCGCAAAGUAUGAAGAGAGAUAGUAUCGCUAUGAAGACAGUAGAUUGCCAUAAUGACAUUGGUAUUCUUGCCGGGAGCAACUUUUGCGGUAAGCCCAUGUGA